AUGGCGGCAUCCACUGCAGAACCUCUAGAGGUGUCAGUGGUACCCACUUAUGAACUUUUGUCCUGUCCUGUCACGGCUAUGGAGGCCAUCUGCGAAUCCUCGUCCCAUCCGGUCAUGGCUAUGGAGGCCGUUUGUGAUCUCUCUGCCUGUCCUGUUCCAGCCACGGAGACCACUUAUGAACUUUUGUCCUGCUCUGAACUGGCCACGGAGGCCAAAUAUGAACUAUUAUCCCGUCCCGAUCCAGCCAAGGAGGCUGUCUCUGAACUCUCAGCCUUGUCUCAGUUUCGGUCAUGGGCUUCUGACCAGUCUGGCCCUCCGUGGUGGUUUUCCGUUCCGUCUGCUCCGCCCUGGUGGGUUCCAGUUUCGGCUUCUCCGUCCUGCUGGACUCCUGUUCCGUUGGCUCCGCCCUGGUGGGUUUCUGCUCUGUCGGCUCCGUCCUGGUCUCCGGCUCCACUCAGGGCUCCUGCUCCGUCGGCUCCGCCCUGGUUUCCUGCUCUACUGGUUCUGCCCUGGUUCCCUACUCCACCUUGCUGCCCUGCUCUGCCUCAGUCCCCGGCCUUUCCACGUGGACCUGGCCCUCCGUCCCUCCCCCUGUUCUGCCUCCGCUCCACCGCGCACCAGUGUCUGGAACAGUUGUGGAAAGCCAAGGAAACUCAGGAGUGUCCUGUCUGCGGGAGAAGACCCUCAAAAAAUCCUUCCAGUAAUUUUGUGUUAAAAACCUUGUGCAAGUCAUUCCUGAAGGAGAGAAAUGAGAGGCAUUCAGCAGGAUCUGAGGAGAUCUGCAAUUUACACGGUGAGAAACUCAAGCUCGUCUGUCUGGAGGACAACCAGCCUGUGUAUUCAGUGUGCAGAGAUACACAGAUAUAUGCCAAUCAAACAUUCAAACCCAUCAGAAAAGAUGUUCCAGCAUAUACGGAGGAGCUCAAUACAGCACUGAAGUCUUUACAAGAGAAACUUAAACAUGGAGAAAACCUUAAAAGAGAGUUUGAGAAAACAUUUCAACUUAUCAAGUCUCAAGCUGAAUACACAGAGCAUCAAAUUAAAGAGCAGUUUAAGAGGCUUCGUCAGUUUCUCAGAGAUGAAGAAGCAUCUACAAUCAUUGCACUGAGGGAGGAAGAAGAGCAGAAGAAGCAGAAGAUGAAGGAGAAGCUGGAGGACAUGAACAGACACAUCUCCACUCUUUCACACACCAUCAGAGAUUUGGAGGAGACAAUGAAAGCCGAUGACGUCUGCUUUUUAAAGAAGUUUCCAGUCACGAUGGAAAGAGUCCAGAUCUUACAGCCAGAUCAACAGAUGCCUUCUGGAGCUUUGAUUCAUGUGCCACGUUACUUGGGCAACCUGCCGUACAGAGUCUGGAAGAAGAUGCUGAACUCUGUCCAAAAGUCUCCUGUGAUUCUGGAUCCAAGCACAGCACAUCCUCGUCUCAUCCUGUCUAAUGAUCUGACCCGUGUGAAAUACAUCUGGGACGAACAACCGCUUCCUGAUAAUCCAGAGAGAUUUGACAUCUGUGAAUGUAUUCUUGGUUCAGAGGGUUUUAACUCAGGAAUGCACUUCUGGGAAGUGGAGGUUAAUGAAAGCGAAUGCUGGAGUCUUGGAGUAACUACAGAAUCAAACCAAAGGAAGGGACAUGAUUUCUGUAACUCUAAUGUCUGGUGUGUGAAGUAUGAUCCGUACAGUUUGCUUGGGCCUGGUUUUCCUGUUGAAGAGCAUCUUGAGUGUGUGAGAGUUGAUCUGGAGUAUGACGGAGGAACGGUGUCAUUCUCUGAUCCUGUAACUAACACACAUCUACACACAUUCACAACCACCUUCACUGACGUCAUCUUUCCAUUUUUCUGUAAUCUUGAUGAAGUUAGGUGUCUGAGGAUUUUACCAGUUAAACUGUAA